GUGUGUCUGUGGCAUUCUGCAGAAGGACCGCUGCAACAUCACAUCACUGAGGGCUGGACCAGAAACAGGACCAGAGGGAACCAGAACCAGGACCCGAGGGAAACGGGAGGAUCAGGGGUGGAGUGUUUGUUUUGACUUGUUUUUUGGCUCUGUAGAUGUUUUUUUUUCGUGUGGACUGCUGCAGGUUUUCUUUCUGCAGAUGAGGAAAUACAAAAUUCUCCGUUUGCAUAAUCUGGUUUUAAUCAUGAAGCAAAAUGCAUCUUUUUAUCCUUUUAUCACUUCUCUGAUUUGAUGCUUCCAAAGAUUUUUUUUGGCUCUUUUUUAUAUUUUGACUCCAGCCAGAUUUCAGGUUAGUUUUAACGUCGCAAAUUGAAGCCGAGGACUGGAACGACGCUCCGACACUUCAUCUUUCUCCAAGUGAGGAAAAGAAUAUUCUCAGUUCACCACAUCCGGUUGAAAUUCAUAUUUUGGAUCAGCACAGAGAAGCCGAAGGAGGCCGGACUCAGAGAGAGAAGACAGAGACAACCCCGUUGUUUUUAACUUUUAAUCUCAAAAUAGUUCAGCUAAAGCCAAAUCCUGAGACAAGCCAGAGAUGUAGCUGUGCUGCCACUAACAUCUGUUUGAUGUUGUAACAGAAAUGAAUCAGAAUCAAACCGCUGCUUCGAGUGGAUUCAGGAGUGUUAGAGUUGGGGGACCUUUCCGCCCUAGGAGGGUAGUUCAAUAAGUUGUUCCCGUACGCGUGUGCCAAAGGUUUGGGCUCUGGGACGUCAUCAUCACUCCGGCCGAUGAACGUAGAAAGUUAAAACUUUAUCGACAUGGACGGCAGAGGACGGAGAGGAACCAACGGAUCGUUCAAACGAUCGUCCAUCAAACGCAGCGCGUCUUCUGGAUCGCAGAAGACUCAGAGAGUGUGGAUCGAGAGAACUUUCCAGAAGAGAGAAUGUGUCCAGAUUAUUCCUGGCAAAGACAUCAGCAGGUGUGGUUGUGGCCAGCUGGUGUUGCAGCACACCCCCGUCCCUCCCAAAGAGGACUCUGUGGCUCCACUGGACGUCCAACCUCCAGAGAGAUGGAGUCCUCUGAAACACACCCAGACCUCGUCCACCGACGCCUACGGAGUCAUCGAGUUUCAGGGUGGAGGACACGUCAACAAGGCCAUGUACAUCCGGGUCUCGUACGACUCAAAGCCAGACAACCUGCUGCACCUGAUGGUGAAGGACUGGCAGCUGGAGCUUCCCACGCUGCUCAUCUCCGUACACGGAGGCCUGCAGAACUUUGACCUGCCGCCCAAACUCAAGCAAGUGUUUGGGAAAGGACUGAUCAAAGCCGCUGUGACCACUGGAGCCUGGAUCUUCACCGGAGGAGUCAGCACCGGAGUCAUCCGCCACGUCGGAGACGCUCUCAAAGAUCAUUCGUCAAAGUCCAGAGGGAAAGUCUGCGCCAUCGGCCUUGCACCGUGGGGCAUCGUGGAGAACAAGGAGGAUCUCAUCGGCAGAGACGUGACGCGUCCCUAUCAGACGAUGUCCAACCCGCUCAGCAAGCUGUCGGUGCUGAACAGCAGCCACUCCCACUUCAUCCUGGCCGACAACGGGACCAGCGGCAAGUACGGCGCCGAGGUGCGGCUCCGCCGGCAGCUGGAGAAACACAUUGCUCUGCAGAAGAUCAACACACGUCUGGGUCAGGGCGUCCCCGUGGUGUGUCUGGUCCUGGAGGGUGGUCCCAACAUCAUCUCCACCGUGUUGGAGAGUCUGAGGGAGGAGCCUCCCGUCCCCGUGGUCGUCUGUGACGGCAGUGGCCGCGCCUCCGACAUCAUUUCCUUCGCACACAAACACUGCGGCGAAGACGGGUUGCUAAGCGAUGGAGUCAAAGAUCAGCUGCUCGUCACCAUCCAGAAAACCUUCAACUACAGCCGCAGCCAGGCGCAGCAGAUCUUCCUCAUGGUGAUGGAGUGCAUGAAGAAGAGAGCUCUGAUAACGGUGUUCAGGAUGGGGUCAGAGGGACAGCAGGACAUUGAGAUGUCCAUCCUCACCGCUCUGCUCAAAGGAACUAAUGCGUCUGCGUCCGAUCAGCUGAGUCUGGCUCUGGCCUGGAACAGAGUGGACAUCGCUCGUAGUCAGAUCUUUGUGUACGGACUCCACUGGCCGCCGGUGAGCUCUCUAACCAGCGACCGGCCCAAAAGUCCCGCGGCCCAGCGAGCGUCAGCUGGAGGCACCGGAGGGAAAGGGAAAGCCCGUGGGAAGAAAGGAAAAGGAGGCAAAGCCAAACCUGACCCACCAGAGGAGACAGACCCGAGGAAACUGGAACUGCUCAGCUGGGUGAACUCUCUGGAACAGGCCAUGAUGGAUGCUCUGGUGUUGGACCGGGUGGACUUUGUGAAGCUGCUGAUCGAGAACGGAGUCAACAUCCAUCACUUCCUGACCAUUCCUCGUCUGGAGGAGCUGUACAACACGAAGUUGGGACCGGCCAACACACUACACUUUGUGGUCAGAGACGUGAAAAAGGGGAAUCUCCCUCCCGACUACCAGAUCACGCUAAUCGAUAUCGGCCUGGUGUUGGAGCUCCUGAUGGGCGGAGCUUACCGCUGCAACUACACCCGCAAGACCUUCAGGACGCUGUACAACAACCUGUAUGGCCUCAAGAGGCCGAAAGCUCUGAAGCUUCUUGGAAUGGAGGACGACGAGCCGCGUGCGAAGGGGAAAGCAAAGAAGAAGAAUAAGAAGGAAGAGGAAGUAGACAUCGACGUGGACGACCCCGAGGUCAGCCGCUUCCAGUACCCGUUCCACGAGCUGAUGGUCUGGGCCGUGCUCAUGAAGCGCCAGAAGAUGGCGCUGUUCCUAUGGCAGCGCGGAGAGGAGGCCAUGGCCAAGGCACUGGUGGCCUGUAAGCUGUACAAGGCCAUGGCCCACGAGUCCUCGCAGAGCGAACUGGUGGACGAUAUCUUCCAGGACCUCGAGAACAACUCCAAGGAGUUUGGUGCGCUGGCCUACGAGCUCUUGGAUCAGUCGUACAAACACGACGAGCAGGUGGCGAUGAAGCUGCUGACGUACGAACUGAAGAACUGGAGUAACUCCACGUGUCUGAAGCUGGCGGUCGCCGCCAAGCACCGAGACUUCAUCGCUCACACCUGCAGCCAGAUGCUGCUCACCGACAUGUGGAUGGGCUGUCUGAGGAUGGGCAAGAGCAACAGCCUCAAGGUAAUUUUAGGGAUCGUCUUCCCUCCUGCGAUUCUUCUCAUGGACUUCCGUCUCGGAGACGAAGCUUCGUACCAUUCGUCCAAACAGAAUGAAGACGGCAAAACCAAAGAGGACGACAACAAAUCCAGCAAGGACGGCGCCUCCAACAUGGACGCCACGUCAAAGAAAGGAGACGAAGAAGAAGAGCAGAAGAAGAAGAGGAGGACUCCCAUUGGGAAGAAGAUCUACGAGUUCUACAACGCUCCGUUCACCAAGUUCUGGUUCAACACGAUCUCCUACCUGGUGUACCUGGCGUUGUAUAACUACAUAAUCCUGGUGAAGAUGGAGCGAUGGCCGUCGCUGCAGGAAUGGAUCGUCAUCUCUUACAUCAUCACUCUGGGCCUGGAGAAAGUCCGACAGAUUCUGAUGUCGGAGCCGGGGAAGCUGAAGCAGAAGAUCAAUGUGUGGCUGGAGGAUUACUGGAACAUCACGGACCUGGCGGCCAUCUCCGUCUUCCUGCUGGGUCUGCUGCUGCGGCUGCAGAGCGAGCCGUCGCUCGGCUACGGACGCGUCAUCUACUGCGUCGACAUCAUCUUCUGGUACAUCCGCGUACUCGACAUCUUCGGAGUCAACAAGUACCUGGGCCCCUACGUCAUGAUGAUCGGCAAGAUGAUGAUCGACAUGCUGUACUUCGUGGUCAUCAUGCUGGUGGUGCUGAUGAGUUUCGGCGUGGCGCGGCAGGCCAUCCUGCACCCUGACGAGGAGCCGACCUGGCGCCUGGCCAGAAACAUCUUCUACAUGCCGUACUGGAUGAUCUACGGAGAGGUGUUCGCGGACUCCAUAGACCUUUACGCGAUGGAAAUCAAUCCUCCGUGUGGAGACAACAUGUACGAUGAGGAUGGGAAGAAGCUUCCUCCGUGUAUCCCCGGCGCCUGGCUCACGCCCGCCAUCAUGGCGUGCUACCUGUUGGUCGCCAACAUCCUGCUGGUCAACCUGCUCAUCGCUGUCUUCAACAACACAUUCUUCGAGGUGAAGUCCAUCUCCAACCAGGUGUGGAAGUUCCAGCGCUAUCAGCUGAUCAUGACGUUCCACGACCGUCCCAUCCUGCCGCCGCCACUCAUCGUCUUCCCGCACAUCUACAUCGUGCUGCGAAGAAUCUGCUGUCGCUGCCGUAGGCGCCGGACAGACGGAGACGGCAAUGACCGCGAGAGGCGCCUACAGCUGGUUCUGAGCACCGAGGAGCUGAAGAGUCUUCAUGAGUUCGAGGAGCAGUGUGUCGAGGAAUAUUUCAGAGAGAAAGAGGACGAGAAACAGUCGUCCAACAACGAGAGAAUCAGAGUCACAUCUGAGAGGGUGGAGAACAUGUUCAUGCGUCUGGAGGAAGUGAACGAGCGCGAGCACUCGAUGAAGGCGUCUCUGCAGACAGUUGAUCUGCGUCUGGCUCAGCUGGAGGAUUUCUCCGGCCGAAUGGCGACGGCUCUGGAGAAACUGGCCGGCGUGGACCGCGCCGAGCUGGUCCACUCCAGAUGCUCGUCUGUGUGCGAGCCGUCGGCUCUGCUGCGGCACGGCAGCCUCAGCAGCGCCGACGGCUACAGUCUUUACCGGUAUCAGCUGGAGCACGACGACCGCAGCUCCGUGGCCGGAGACGUGGAGGGAACCAACAGAAAGCUACCGCUGAGUCCAGAGAGAACCGAGAGGAAGCUACCGCUGAGUCCAGAGGGAACUGACAAGAACCUACCGCAGAGUCCAAAAGGAACCAACAGGAACCUACCGCAGAGUCCAGAAGGAACCAACAGGAAGCUACCACUGAGUCCAGAGGGAACUGACAAGAACCUACCGCAGAGUCCAGAAGGAACCAACAGGAAACUACCACUGAGUCCAGAGAGAACCAACAGGAACCUACCGCUGAGUCCAGAGAGAGCGGCGGGAAACACAACAGGUGACGUAAAGGAGUUCGGCUUGACUCUGGAGGUGCGAGGACGGACGGAGAGGACGCGGUCUCUGUCCGGCGUGGACAUCCUGAUCUCACCGUGUGACGCCGAACGCAGACCCGAUGUGACGCAUGCUGCCGAGAAAACGCGUCUGGAGGCAACGGCAUCCUUCCCUCUGGAGAGGGCGAAGGUCACACAGUAUUUAUCGUCUCCGAGCCUCAGCGCCGCCCACAGGUCGCCCAGACAGGAAGCGGAGGAAGGAGCGUACACGCCGCCCGGCGGGGAACUACGGGAAGAGGAGCCAUCGGACGAGGACAGGAAGUACCCUACACUGCGCUCCAAGAGUCUGAACGCCAACCCGAGGAAGGCGAAGAAGGAGAGCGAGGAGACGCGGCGCUCAGCCGGCAGCGUCACAGAACUCCGACCUGCCGAUCCGGAACAUUAGUCACCUGACAGGGUCAGGGUCCCACUUCUCAUCGCUCCUCAAGGAGGGGACGCCAAAUAAAGUCACAACAACGGUGAAAACAAUGUCAAGAAAGUCUGAAAAAGUGACAAAAACAUGCGACAAAAAAAAAAAAUAGACGCUGAGUGUGAACAUCUCAGCCUGAUAUACUCUUUACGGUCACUCUGUGUCUCCUGAUUAUUAUAUAUAUACUAUUAUUAUAUUCAGACCGUCUCCUGUUUCUCUCGACAUCUAAUCUGACCCAUUCGAAAGGUUUCUGUUUCUUUCAACCAAAUAGUGAAAACCAUGCGGUGGACGGUUCCCUCUUCAGUAGUAGAACAUAAGGAUCAGUUCACUACUUUCUCUGAAUUCUGGGAGUUUUAUUCAGUUUUAUAUUAUUUAAACAGAAACAGUCUUCUGUGAUUAUCCUUCAACAGUCUCUCCUCUUAUUUUAAUAAUUCAGUGUGCCAUCGGCAGAAUUACUAUUAUCCUGCAUACUUAUUCCACCACGUUUUUCCCGCUACUAGUCACGGAGCGUUGCCAACAUGUGCACACAAAAUACAUCAAAACGUGUGUAAUGACUGGGAAUGGUGUUCUAUGACUUUUGUAGGAGAUUUGCCGCGCGGUUUUCACGAUAUCGGCAAAAAACGCCGCAAAAUUUCCCAUAGACUUUAAUGGGAAAUCUUCGGAAAAUUUGUUUAACAUCGCUCAAAACAACCCCUCUUUGGGGCCAUUCUGUAUCGCCAUACUUUAAUGUAGAAAAAUAAUUAAAAGUUUAAACCGAAGACAAGACUUGAGCCUUUAUUGGGCUGAAUGGGCAUUCUGAUAUCAAGCACGGCUUCUACCAGAUCACAGUUUAUGUAUCGUCCAGUUUUCAGACCGUUUCAAAUUUUCCAAUGUGUGUGUAUGUGGCGGAAUGUUGAGAGUUAGAGGGGAGGACAGAGGGGGGAGCUGCAGUAAGAUCCUCUGAAAUCUUUCCAAACAAAUUACACUCUCCCCUACAGUUUUCACUCUUCAUACACUCUUCACACAAAAUGUAGGAAAUGUUGUGCCGGUCGCAGACAUGUAACAAUGGAUUCCAUCGGACUUAAACUUUUGGCUCUGUUCAUACCAACUGCCGAUAGAAACUAUGAAACACAAUAUCUGGAAGGAUGCAGAUGGUUCCCUGUUUGUUACCUGCUCUGUGUUGCAUAUAUUUGACAUCACACACAUAAAAACCACAUCAAUGCAUUCGCCAGAUUCAUAUCUCUCUGGUGAUGAUAAUAUUUUGCAGUUUGGACCCACCAUUUGUGAAUUAAAUAAGGAACUUCAGAGGUAUAAUCAUUAUUAAAUAUACAUUUUUUACCUAUCAAACAGUCUCCCCCUCCCUCCUCUAACACACACACAGAAGAGGAGAGGAGAGGAGGAGAGGAAAAGAGGAGGAGAGGAAGGAAGGAGAAGAGGUGUUAGGUUAUUUGUCAGCUAACAUGAUGUCAUGAGGAACUGAAUUUUACAGUUUGAAUAGAGUUUCUCGAAAAUUCUGAAUAACCAAACAAACUCCUCCUCCUAUCAUGUAGACUGUUUACUGUAGAACAUGUCAAACAGCAGAUUUACUGUUAGCCAGUGUUAUUCGGAUGCACCAAGUAGUAGGCACACUGUCAAAUUUCCUGUGGAAUUUUCUAGUUAGUAAUUACUGCUUUGUUUAUCUUAAAUAAAUUAUAUAUAAUGUCAUAUAAAUCAGUGGUGGUAGUAAAACACACACACACACACACACACACACAGACAAACAGACAGACAGACAUACAGACAGACACACACACACACACACAGACAGUAUAGUCCAGGUUAACUCGACCGAUUCAAACUUGAACUAAUCAAAGUGUUUUUAAUGUGUUUCCUGUUUGUUGUGAAUGAAUUGUGAUGAUGUAUUGAGUUAUAUAGACGUUAUGUUCAGGAGGGUUUGUAGAGCAGAGACAUUAAAGUAAUAUCUCAGUUUUUAUUUUGAUGUAUAACUUCUAUAUGAAAUUAUUGCAGCUUUUCACGUCCGAAAAAAUUACUUUUUUAUCCGUGUAGAAAUAAGAACUGAAUGUUGUCUCAAAGAUUAUAUUUAUUAUAAAACCUUAAUGCGUUAUUUGAUGUUAUUAUGGUAUAUAUUAUGUUUUUAUUAUUCAGCAUAAAUACGAGUAGAUUUACACACACACAGACACACACACAUACACACUAACAUGAAACUCUGACAGAAUUAAAGGGAAUGAAUGAGUUCUACCUCUACACACAAACUUUUCUUCUAAGAAAUAAAAGAAUCAUGACUUGCUGAA